AUGGAGAAGGGCGAUCUCUCCAACGCACCCUAUCGGGGCCCUAAGCUGCCAAAAGUCCCCGAAGAUUUAGUGGUCACCGAUGUUCUCAACUUGGAAUGCGACGAACGACUCUGGGUUCCCCAGGCCAAGGACGUGUGGUUCCGCCCGCUGUGCUUCAAUGUGUCGCACGGCUAUUUCGUGAACAUCCUGCGCGUUAGGAAGAGCGGCAUUUUAUCGCGCCACCGACACACGGGACCUGUUCACGCCACAGUGCUACGCGGCCGGUGGCACUACCUUGAGCACCCUUGGUGGGCUGAGGAGGGCGGAUACGCCUUCGAGCCCCCUGGAGACAUUCAUACCUUGGAGGUACCCGACGGAGUUCAAGAAAUGGUCACAUUGUUCCAUGUGACGGGCGCAUAUAUCUACGUGGAUGUGGACGGCAAGGCGUUGGGGAUUGAGGAUGUUUUCAGCAAGCUAGAGGCGGCCAGAAAGCAUUAUGAAGAGGUCGGUCUGGGCGCGGACUUUGCAGAUCAGUUUGUGCGGUAG